AUGCAGCUGGACGAGGUCGAGUUCAGCCUAGCAGACGUUUUGGAAGAAUCCAUGGACAUGAUCAACAUUCGGUUGAGUUCUACUUUGAAGUGGAUGAUACUGGCAUUGGGAUCCCAAAGGAAAAGAGAGAGUUGGUGUUUGAGGACUAUGUCCAGGUCAAAGAAGGGCAAGGAGGAACUGGUUUGGGGCUUGGAAUUGUUCAAUCUUUUGUUCGUCAAGGACAAGGAGCAUGGUGAAGCUGGAACCUGUGUUGCGUUCAAUGUGUUCAUGAAGAUGGGUGGAAUCCACGAGCAACAUGACAUAGAAGAAGGCAGUUCGAUCCCAACGAUCCAAACAAGCGAAAGCUGCAUCCGAGCCUCAGCCUUCAGAGAAGCUAGUAGCUUUGACGGCGUCCACUGUGUGCUUCUUGUUCAUGGUGAUGAAACGCGAAGAAUCCUUCGAUCCUGGAUGGAGAACCUUGGGGUUAAAGUUUGCCUAGUCCCACAGCUCGAGUUCCUUGCCUCUGCCGUUGAGAAGCUGUGCCGUGUCAACACUUCUCCUGCAAGGGCAUCAUCAGACAGUUUUGGAUGCCGCACGGCUACUGUUUCAGGCCCAGAGAUACGGUUUCCCAAAUGCUGCCCAUCGUACGCAAAAAUGGAGGACAUGUGCUCAGAGAUGAACUUUGCUGAAACCAAAAAUCGAAUUCCAUGCAAAGUUAUCUGUCUCGCUGAUGCGAACACCUCUUCUAGUGACUUGAGGAGGUUCAGGCAUAGUACAUGCUGCGACCUGCUUGUCCUGCAGAAGCCAAUCCACGGGUCUCGGUUGCACGCUCUCCUGAAGGCCCUGAGGACAUCCAGAAGCCGCACGCCCAACACCCGUCUCAUGCUAGUCCUGACGGCAACACUGGUGGAGGACACUCUGGCUCUGCAGACGAUCGGGAAGAAGAUACUGCACCAGCUAGGAGCAACUGUCGAAGUGGCAGAGGAUGGAGCCAAGGCUGUCAGCAUGUUCGAAGCUGCUCUUGAGCAGGCCGCAGCUGGCUCGGAGACGGAUGCAGCGUCCACUCCCUACGAUGUCAUCCUCAUGGAUUGCCAGAUGCCCGUGAUGGACGGCUACGAGGCGACAGGGCGCAUCCGCGAGGCGGAGAGCCGCUGCGGGGUCCGCACUCCGAUCAUCGCCCUGACCGCGCACGCCGUGGAGGAGGAGGCGCAAGACCAUCCUCGCCGGGAUGGACCUCCACCUGACCAAGCCCAUGGAGCGGAGGAGCAUAGCAGAAGCCAUCAGCCGCGUGCGCGGAGGUCAGGGAUGCGACCUCCGCCAUGCCGUCGCGUCGGAGCUGAGGUUGUUGCCGCUGCCCAGUGGUUUCGUAGCGGCAAUGCACGCGACCUUUUCUUAGGUUCCAUGAGCAACGUUCACGGCCGGAAUCGUGGACUUAAUCGGGGGAUGCUUUCCUGAUCCCUGAAAAUAUAGUUCGCUCGGAGGGGGAAUGGGACGUAACAGGUUUAAACCUUGUCUGUACAUGCUGCUGCUGCUUGGCAAUCAUUGAGAUGGGGGGCUAAUUAUUCAGACCUGUCGAGUCAGCAGUAUGUGCGUGCGGAGAUAACAAUGUGCACGCACUGUUGUUGAUGGCGCUCCUCUCAAAUGAUUGGUAAUCUGGUACAAAUGGGCGGAAGCUUAAACGAAGGAGUGCAUACCAUAUUUUUAGAAGGAGCUGUAAAAAAGAGCUCAUCUACCUUGUGUUAGAUAAAUAGGCAAAUUUUGGUAUAUUUUAAUUCCGAAUAUUGCUAGCAAAUUCAUAACCCAAA